CGAAAAAUCAGUCUGUUGUCGCAACUGAAACGCGAAGGUUGUCGGUGUGUUGGUUGUCGAGUCGAGCGCAACGUUGUCUCGUUUUAGCCGCUGGGCGAGAAACAAAAAAAAAUAUAACAACAACAACACAAAUUUAAAAUCGGAAAAGAAAUACAACAAUAAAACAUACAAAUAGUGUUUUAACGUUUUUUGUGUGUUUGUCGACCAAGUCUAAGUACGAAAGUUCCCAAAAAAAAAUAACACAACAAAAUCUUAUUUAUUGUUAUUAUUGUUAUUAGUGUUAUCGCAGUGCGUGUGUGUGUGGGAGAUAUGCUGAUAUGCAACACCGAGUAGUAUUAUAGGAGGCCAAAGCAAAGCAACAAGAACCCAACCCCAACUUCAAGCCAAGUUGCCACAAGCACAUGCAAAUUCAUCAGAAUCGCCAUAGAGAGUAGCUGGCUACGUUCUGCAGAUACAAUAGCUAGAUAAAGUUCUCCAACACAUUUCCGCACUCGGCACAGUGGGACGAAACUGGAGACAUACGCCUGCACAGCACACACAAAAAAGAUGCCCAUCAAGAAAAUAAACAAAAUGCCUUUUGCCCAAUUCCAAUUGCAAUUUCGAUUCUGAUUUCGAUACCAUUCGAAUUCCAUAACCAAAAUAAAGUGCGCGGUGGCAAGAAUAUUUCAAGUGUGUGUUCUCUUCUGUGCAACGGCUGCAACGCGUUGUGCAAUCGCAAAAAUACUUUCUAAUAAAUAGCCAUAGACAGGCCCAGACACAAAAAUAAAUAAGCAUCAUCGAGGUGUCGACUACAUCGCCCAGAUUCCAGAUUCUCCACUUCACUCUCGAGUUCCCCCACUCGAUACUGUUGCAGUCAUCUUAUUUUCUAUUUUCUGGGAGCACGUGUGAACGUAGGUCGUGGCCAAGGUGUUCAAAGACAACUACAACAACCGGAGAAGGAGCCGCAACGAGGUGUACACAUUCGGCACCAUGGAGGGCGGUUACGUAAACGAAGAGGAUUCCGAUGCCAUAAUGGGCGUGGAAAGUCCAGGCGGACAGCUGAAGACGAAGAAUGGCCAGAAAUAUGUGUUCAAUGGUCCGCCAUCGGGCGUUUAUGUGUCAAAGACCUGCUUGAUCAUCUCGGCAUUCAUCAUGUUGGCCGCGUUGAUUUCCUCGGUGCUCAUCACCUACUUCCUGACCGCACAGACUUUGCCCAUUGCAGAGCCACAUCCCAGCGCCCAGGCACAGUCGAAGGAUCAUGCUGAGGAUGCGUUGAGCAAUUCACACGCAAAUUCAACGCCUUUGCUGCACGCCAAGUUCGAAAUCCCCGACUGGCUAAAGGAGAAUCCGGUAACAACUUUGGCACCGCCACCCGAAGUUCCGCCUGUGGUGCUGCUCAACGAGGACAAAUCGUUGGCCACGCCCGUUGGCGAUAUACCGCCCAUCAGCACAGACGAGACACUCAACACCAACGAUGUCAAGUCAAGUGAACGUCUGCUCCAGCUCUACGAAGGCUGGCGUCCAUUGCAUUACAACAUUGUCAUUGAGCCAAAUAUCGUCACAUCCACCAGCAAUGGCAGCCUGAGCAUUGAAAUCGAACGUGAUGCCAAGAUUAGCAGCUGGGAACCCAUUGUGCUCGAUGUCCACAACGUGAGCAUCUCCAAUGUGCGUGUCAUAAGAUCUCCACUAUCGAACGCCAGCGAGGAAAUCGAACUGGACUUUGAAUGCGAUUACGGUGAAGGCAAUGACACAUUUGUUGUCAAACUGGCCAACAAGCUGGCCAACGAGUCGCAAUUGCGUGUGCUGCUCAGCCUAGACUUUGUCAGCCAGGUGACGGACACGCUGCAGGGCAUCUACAAGACCAGCUACGACGAUCCCAGCCAAAAGCAGUCGCAAUGGGUUAUCAGCACACAGUUCUCGCCCAUCGAUGCGCGUCGCGCUUUUCCCUGCUUCGAUCGUCCCGACAUGAAAGCCACCUUCAGUCUGAGCAUCAUUCGUGACAUCAAGGCCUCCAUGGCGCUGUCCAACAUGCCAGUUGCACGCAGCAGCCCCCAUCGUCCUGGCUAUCUGCGCGACGACUUUAUGAUUACGCCCAAAAUGCCCACAUAUCUGCUGGCCUUCAUUGUCUCCAACAUGGUUGAAUCGCACUUUGCCGAUCUCGAUGGUGGACUUGUCCCCCGUGUAGAAAUCUGGACACGUCCCUCGUCGGUGGAUAUGACACACUAUGCCUACAAAAUGGUGCGCAAGUUCUUGCCCUACUACGAGAAUUACUUUGGCAUCAAGAACAAGCUGCCCAAGAUUGAUCUAGUCUCGGUUCCUGACUUUGGCUUUGGUGCCAUGGAGAAUUGGGGUCUGAUUACGUUCCGUGACUCGGCGCUGUUGGUGCCCGAGGAUCAGGAGUUGGCUUCCUCGUCGGAGCACAUGCAAUUUGUGGCUCAGAUUAUUGCACAUGAACUGGCACAUCAAUGGUUUGGCAAUCUGGUGACGCCCAAGUGGUGGGAUGAUCUCUGGCUGAAGGAGGGUUUCGCCUGCUACAUGAGCUACAAGGCGCUGAAUCAAGUGCAUCCCGAGUUCCAGAUCAUGGACACCUUUACGGUGCUUGAGUUCAAAGAGUCCAUGCAACACGAUGCGGCAAACACGUCGCAUGCCAUCUCCUUCGAUGUGAAGACCACCAGCGAUGUCCGUCGCAUCUUCGAUCCCAUCAGCUACUCCAAGGGCACCAUUCUGCUGCGCAUGCUCAACUCCAUUGUGGGCGACGACGCGUUCCGCGGAGCUACACAGGAUCUGCUCAAGGCCUUUGAAUACGGCAACAUGAAUCGCGAUGAUCUCUGGGGUUUCCUAACACGACAUGGCCAUGAGAAGGGCACGCUGCCCGCGGACUUGAAUGCCAAGCAGAUUAUGGACUCGUGGAUAACCCAACCUGGCUACCCCGUGGUGCAUGUGGAACGUUCUGGUUCGGAUUUGGUGCUGCGACAGGAGCGUUAUUUGCUGCCUUCUCGCAAUCCCUUGGAUAAGAGUCGUUGGUUCAUACCCAUCACCUUUGAGACGGAUGAGCUGCACAAGGGUGACGACAUACCCACGCAUUAUAUGACCCAGGACCACGAGCAGGUGCUCAUCAAGGAUGUUUUCACCGGAACGAACAACAACGAUAGCGUUGUCUAUUUGAAUCUGAACAGACAGAGCUACUAUCGCGUCAACUAUGACACGGCUUCGUGGCUGGCGUUGAAGAAGAAUUUCAGCAUGGUGCCCAGAAUUACACGUGCCCAGCUGCUAGACGAUGCACUGCAUCUAUCUCAGGCCGAAUAUCUGCCAUACGAUAUACCUUUGACGUUCCUAAUGGAGUUGUACACGUCCGUGGAUGAUGAGUUGUUGUGGAGUGCCGCCAAGCCAGGUCUCAACUAUCUGAUUUACAAUCUGAAACGCGAACCUGCCUACGAGACCUUUAGGGCGUUUAUGAAGUUUAUUGUGCGUCCCGCCUUCGAUCAUUAUGGUCUUAAUGAGCCCGACAAUGAGUCGCAUUUGCAGCUGAAGCAUCGCGCCCUUGUUGCCAGCCUUGCUUGCAAAUUCAACUACGAUCGCUGCACACAAGUGGCCCACAUGAAGUUCCGCGAUUGGAUGCGUGAUGCCAAAAGGAAUCCCAUUAAGCCAAAUUUGAAAUCUGUCAUCUACUGCACGGCGCUGGCGGAGGGUUCGUAUCAGGAAUGGUACUUUGCCUAUAAGCAAUACAAGCGAACCAACAGCGCAUCGGAAAAGGAAGAGAUUCUCACUUCUCUCGGCUGCACCACAAAGCCCUGGCUACUCUCAAAGUACCUGAAUCUGAUCGUCAACUCGACAUCGGGCAUAAGGAAACAGGAUGGCGCUUUGGCCUUCCGUUCUGUGGCCUCGAAUGCCAUUGGCUAUGAGAUCGCCUUCGACUUUUUGCAGUCGAACAUCAAGGAAAUUUCCGACUUCUAUGGCGAUGGCUUCUCAACAAUAUCAGAGAUGAUCAAAUCCCUCACCAUCUACAUGAACAAGGACUAUCAUAAGCAGCAACUACAAUCUUUGGCAGCUCACAGCCGUAAACUGGGCUUGAAGGCUGUCGAAAUUGCCAUUGAUAUGGCCAUGGAGCAGGUCAAUGAUAACAUUUACUGGCGCAGUCACUCCUACGAAAGUCUAAAGGGAUUCUUAGAGGGCAUUGUUAGCGAGUUCGAGAUCAACAUCUUUUAAGCAUCAAAUUAAGUUAUGAAGCUUUUCAACCAAAAAUGCGACUUUAUUAUUAUUAUUCAACAGCCUCAAUAUAAUUUUAAAAACGAAUUAUUUGCGAAAAGUGAUAUAAACGUGUAAGUUAGCCAACUUAUUAAUUAAGAACCAGGAAACAAAAGAGAAAAGAGAAAAAGCAAAACUAAACCAGACGUAAAAACCUAAUUAUUUUUCUUUUUGCAAGUGUAUUGUAUAUUUAUUUACUUGUAAGUCAGUGCUUCGUUUGCUUCGUGUAUUGUAAUUUAUUUUUGAUUUGUCGUUACGUUCCUAUGUUUGAACCAACUGCUAAAGCUAUAUAAUAAUAUUUUACGUACGAUCAUUUAACUAUAGAUUUCGAGUCGAUCGUCAUUAACUAAAAUAACAACAGUUUCGACACAUCCUCUCAUUCCCUUGCCAAAUUAAAAACAUAAACUAAAAUGUUUUUAGAAUACUUUCGAAAAACUGCUUGGGUAAAAAAUCUAAUCAUUUACGUGUUACAAUUAAAGAUCACUAGGAACUUUACUACUAAGCCAUUUAGCACUAAGUAUACCAAACGAAAUAUAUAUUUUAAACUUGUAUUAAUAUAAAACGUACCCAACAGUUGGAUUGCAACCUCAGAUAGGGAAAAAUGAGUGUCCUUAAAAGCAUGGUUUAAAGUAUUGCAAAUGCAAAACCUAAAUACAUACAUACAUACACACAUAAAUUAUUCGUAAAAAAAAAAACAUUAUUUUAUAAUGCCUAACACUAAAAUAAAAAGAUAAUCGCUUAGUGCACAACCAUGUAAAUAAGUUUUAAAGCCAACUUAAUCUACAACACAAAAAAUAAACGAUGUAAUUACGUACAUUUUAAUUCAA